UUCAAAUCAUACAUAUCAUCUCGUUGCUUUCUCUCUGAGUGAACAAAACAAAAAGUAUGCAUUACCAAACCGAAUCAUGGGGUACCUACUUGCCAACGACAACAACAACAAGCUUCAACGACGACCCAUUACACCGUAUAGAGCAACUCGCCGGCGAGAAUGCCGUCGUGAUAUUCAGCCUGAGCGGCUGCUGCAUGUGUCAUGCCAUCAAGAGGCUGUUCUGCGGCAUGGGAGUUAACCCAACAGUCUACGAGCUCGACCAAGAACCUCUGGGGAACGACAUGGAGAAGGCACUGAUGAUGCUGCUGGGGACCUCUUCGCCGGUGCCGGUGGUGUUCGUCGGCGGAAAGCUGGUGGGUGCCAUGGACAGGGUCAUGGCUUCCCAUAUCAAUGGCACCCUUGUGCCUCUUUUGAAGGAGGCGGGUGCUCUUUGGCUCUAAGUUUUUCGUACGUAUAUGUUCGUUCUUUGUUUUGGUAAGAGAAAGAAAGCAAUGGGUGUUAGUUAAUUAGGUAAUUAGGUUUAUAUGGUUUUUAGGAAGAAAAUAUGAGAAGAGGAAGAGGAAGAGGAGAAUUUUGGUGGGUAGGUUCAAGCUUGGUGUUUUUUUUACUAAUCCGAGAAAUGUAAUUCGCUCCCUCCUCUACAUAUCAAAUUACAAUGACUUUUCUUA